CUCAUCUUCACUUGUGCUUAAGAUGCUCAUGGCCUUCAAAGUGUCCGUCAGUUUUGCAGAAGACGAUUCACUUUAAUAAUUCAGCUAUUUAGCAGCUCUUUUUUAAAAAAACAAAAACAAAAAAACAAAACUAACAAAUUCUUCUUUUUACAAAAGAUCAAAACUAACCAGAAACAAUGGGCUGCGUUCAAAGCUUCAGGGAAUUGUGUGACCGCCAAAAAAACACUAAUGUUCGCCUCAGUCUUCCAGCAGUUUGCAUUGUGUGGCAAACAGCCAUGAUCAUCUUGUUUGGAGUUUUUAUUCGUUACAAUGAAGAAUCAAGUCCACGCUGGGUAGAGUACAGAAAAGCUAAAAAUAUAUCAAGUGACAUUGAGAACGACUUUUACUUCCGAUAUCCAAGUUUCCAGGAUGUCCAUGUGAUGAUCUUUGUUGGAUUUGGCUUCCUGAUGACAUUUCUUAAGCGGUACAGCUUCGGUGCAGUGGGUUUCAACUUCCUCAUUGCAGCCUUUGGCCUUCAAUGGGCACUGCUAAUGCAAGGCUGGUUCCACUCCCUAGACUACAGUGAUGGAAAGAUCAAAAUUGGAAUUGAAAACCUCAUCAAUGCUGACUUCUGUGUGGCGGGCUGUUUAAUUGCCUACGGGGCGGUGCUUGGUAAAGUCAGUCCAGUCCAGCUGAUGGUUCUGACUUUGUUUGGGAUCACAUUGUUUGCCGUGGAGGAAUAUAUUAUCCUGGAUCUUAUACAUGCCAAAGAUGCUGGUGGCUCCAUGGUCAUCCACACAUUUGGUGGUUAUUAUGGCCUUUCCAUCUCGUGGAUGCUCUAUCGGCCAAACCUGGACCAGAGCAGUCGUCUGCAGGGCUCUGUCUACCACUCGGAUGUCUUUGCUAUGAUCGGCACCCUCUUCCUGUGGAUGUUCUGGCCCAGUUUCAACUCAGCCAUCACAGACCAUGGAGACGGGCAGCACAGAGCAGCCAUCAACACCUACCUUGCUUUGGCCGCAACUGUGCUCACUACUGUGGCCGUCUCAAGCCUCUUCCAGAAGCAUGGAAAACUAGACAUGGUUCACAUCCAGAACUCCACUCUUGCUGGAGGUGUUGCUGUGGGAACUGCAGCGGAGUUCAUGUUGAUGCCCUAUGGGUCUCUAAUUGUAGGAUUCUGCUGUGGUAUCGUCUCCACACUGGGAUACAUCUACCUCACGCCUUUCAUGGAGAAAUACAUGAAGAUCCAGGACACAUGUGGAAUCCAUAACCUACAUGCCAUGCCGGGAGUCAUAGGCGGCAUUGUGGGAGCGAUUACUGCCGCAGCUGCAUCAGAGUCAGUUUAUGGCCAUGAAGGGCUAAUCAACACCUUUGACUUUGAGGGUGAGUUUAAAGACAUGGUACCCACACGGCAGGGUGGCCACCAGGCUGCAGGCCUUUGUGUGGCUAUCUGCUUUGGUGUAGGCGGAGGCAUCAUUGUUGGUUGUAUUUUAAGAUUACCUAUCUGGGGAGAUGCUGCUGAUGACAAUUGUUUUGAUGACGAGGCCUACUGGGAGGUUCCUGAUGAUGAAGAGACCUUCCCACAAGUCCCUCAGUACAACAACCACAUGCGGAACAAAGAUGUAGCGGAGUCAAAUUUCACCAUGGAACAGAACUGACGCUAGGCCUGGAUCCUGAGGGAGCUGUUUCUUUAUCACACAUGGCCCGUUUGUUCCUUUCAGUCUCCUGCUGGCAAAAAUAUUCAUUUCAUACAAUUAUUCCCCACCAAUCAAAAGCAGUUCUUUUUCAUACAGUGAAUUUAUGUCUGUUAACCGGGUGUUGUAGCCUAGAAUUAAGUCUUAAAAUCUUUUUUUGUUUGUUUGUUUGUUUGAAGUGAAAACUGCAAGUGGAAUAAGAUCUUUUCUGUUUUCCAAGAUAUUUAUUUUCAGUUUAAAUCAAUUAAUAUUCCAAUAGUUUUUAUUAAAUAUUCUGCUAAAUGAGUAUCUCGGUACAGGUGGAGUGAUUUGCCUCAUUUUAACACUGAGAGACAGGUACAUUUUCUUAGAAAAACUGCAGAAUUUCUCUGUCGUUUCACAUAAAACAAGAUAUAAUGGAUCAGUGCUCGACUGAAAUGUGACGGUGAGAACAUUACCACGGUUCCUUUAAGUGAUUGUGAGAGAAAUUUGCUUCACACCACCUUGAGUUGCACUUUAAGUAUUUUCCACUGGAGCUUUCAAAUCUUAGUUUUUCAUGAUUUAAAUGUUUUUCUCUCUGUGUGACCGACUGCAGGUAAAAUGUUAAGACUUUUGGGCGAGUUUAUGCUGUCGGCUUAAUUUGCUACACGUUCAUUUGCAUGUAGUUAAAUCUUUUCCUUUAUUGUGGCCAUUAGAUGCAUUAAAACAGAAUUUAAAUGAUUUUGUGUGUCUUCAUAGAUAACUUUUACACUCAGUUAUUUACCAGUUAGCAUUUUGCAUUUAGAAGCACUACAUAAACACUUAAUAAAUGGUAUAUACGACAUGAAAUUUUAAGCACAAAAAAGGAUAUUUUAAAGUGUUUUUAAUAUACAGUAUUUGUCAACAACUAUAACUUACUAUGUCCUAUGAACGCAUAUUUUAUAUUUGCUGUGUUGUAUUAUAAACCAUUUAUUAAAUAUUCAUGUAUCUCUUCUAAAUACUAAAUAAGGAGGUUAAAGUGUAGAAGAUAUUUUAUCCACAUUACUGAUCUAAAAAUGUAUGGUUUUGUCAAAAGCUGAUGUACAUUUAGAUGUUGUACACAGUAGAAUAUUUAUGUCAUGCUGUUUUGAAAAGUGAAGUUUGUUAAUGAUAAUGUAAUUUUGCAAAUGAAGAAUGAAUUAUUAAUAAAGCAUCAUAAUAUAAUAA